UCUAGCAGGAAGUCCCAAUGCGAUUGCGAAAUCUGAAAUUUAUUGUUAAUUUUAUUGUAUUAAAUCGCUUCCGAAUAUACUAAGUCUUAUGGUUAGGUUAGCGCAAGCCCCAAUUAUUCUACCAAUCUCGACAGAUCAUAAAUUGUAAGUACCUCGUAAAGGGGUAACUUACGGUAAUGUGAACUCUGUUGUUGCUCGUAGCUUUUUGAAGUAACUUUUGAACUACAGUAUUUCCAUCACUUUCAUUAUGGAAUUAUUUCCAUCAGUGAUCGUUAUAGACGUGAGCUCUACCAAUCUCGCUUGUUUAUCUCCUCAGAUCCUGAACGAUGUUGCAACAGCGGACUUUGUCGCUGUUGAUCAGGAAUUAUCCGGGUUAGGGAAUACUGCGGGCCGUGGCAGGCUGCAGAUGCCGGAAUACUACAGCAAAAUGCGUGACGCUGUGCUGACACGGCGCACCAUCAGUCUGGGCAUUUCGUGUUUCAAAUCUGUCGCGGAGUACGUUAAACCCUAUCCGGAAUGCUGUGAUCCGCUGCAGUUUGCAUGCACAACUUAUAACAUCCUGCUUUUUCCUGGCGGGGAGUUCGACAUGGAUGGAUCAGCGCGCAGCUUCCUGGUUGCUCAUGGUUUUGAUCUGAAUCGUUGGGCACAGUAUGGCAUUGAAUACGGUAUGAAGGAGAACAAUGAGCGGUUUGUGGACGAACUGACCACGGUGUUGCUACUUAGUAAAGCGGAAGUUGUUUUUCAUAAUGGACUAGCGGAUCUGGCGUACUUCUACCACAGCUUCUGGAAUCCUUUGCCGAAAACUUGUGAAAUCUUCGCCGCGGAUGUUGCCGAUGUUUUCCAGGGCAGACUGUUCGAUACGAAGUGGAUCUGUCGAAGUGUCCUGAAAUGGCGAAUGCAUAGUUUGGAAUAUUGCUUCAAGAAAGCUCAACGACUUAAUGCUGCAUCGGCCGAUAUUGGCAAGCCUGCUCUUCGCAUUCGACAUGUACAUCCAUCAACAAUCAAUGCCGUGAUGGAAAUCCCUAUUUUCUACCAGAAUACUCAAUCUGGAAAUCUUGGUGGUGUGAAACCGAUUGUGGGGAAAGAUGUAUGCGAAUUAAUGUACAACUUCGGCUUUUGCAACGCAUUUAAGCAGGGAACGUGCCUGCAUCCGGCAGAUCUCCAUCAGAUGGAUUUAGUGCUGGAUGUUGAAGAAGAUGUUUGCAGAAAUGGUCCUGCGGAAAAUGCGGUCUCUCGUCCUCCGAACGAUGUACAGCGAAUGUUUCCAGUGUUUCCAAUGUCUGAUCCACGGGAAAUGACAACAACUGUUAAUGAUGUCGCCACAGCUGGGAAGCGGAAGACUGAUGCUGUCACUCUUGAAUCCGUUCCGUUGAAAAAAGCCAGUGAAGGAUCACUCUUCCCGCAUGCCCUGCGUCCCAGACUAGCACCUCCUCGUCCUGCGGAUAACUUCCCAGUGGCUCAGCGUCUCGGAACGGACCAUUUCAGUAUUGAUAACAGGAAGAGCUAUAACCUGGAUUUCGGCUUGCAUAGUGCCGGAUUCGAUGCCUUCAUGACGGGAUAUGUUUUUGCUACUUGCAUGGCCCAGUUAGGACGGAGUGAAAAAGCUCGCCGCGUAGUAUUCACACACCCCGAGGGAUUUGUCGAUCGGGUACAUGUCACAGGGAAAAGUGAACCCUUUGUCUUCCGAAAAAGUGAACACGUACAAUGCAGUGCUGCGCAUUUCCGCAAGAUACUUGAAUGCCGCAAUCGGCAGUAGUAUUGUUAUAUCCCUUUUUCGUAAUUCACCGAUUCUGUUGUGAUUUUUGUUACAAGUCUGAUUUGCUGUAAUAACAUUAUGAAUAAAGGUCAUAAUAAGUCCAAAGAGCAAAGG